GGCGAAUGUUUUAUCUGACCGGAGCGCUUUUCCAACAAUCUGACGUGGGGGGGGCCGCCGCCUCCGAUGCUUGCUUGAUAAAAUUUCCACAGCAGCCUGCUCUGCUCACAACCUGCACCCGCGGCCCCUCCUCAGCAGACCACCCCAACCAACGCGGCCUCACACGCUGCCUUGCCACUGCGAAUCUGCGAUACCGCAGGUUCCGAGAAAUUUCCCCUUCGUAGGCGGCUGAGAAACCCGCGAGAAAAUCUGCGAAAAUGGACGGCAGCCCGGGCAGCAGCGCUGGCGAGGACGUCGAUCUCUACGCUCUCCUCGGCGUCAGCAAGUCGGCCAGUCCCAACGAUAUCAAGAAGGCGUAUCGAAAACUGGCGCUGCAACACCAUCCCGACAAGGUUCCCGAAGAAAUCCGAGCCGAGUCCGAGACCAAGUUCAAGGCGAUCACGCAAGCCUACGAGAUCCUCCGUGAUGAGGAGAAGCGCCGCCUCUAUGACACGCACGGCAUGGCCGCAUUCGACCCUUCGCGCGGCGGGCCCGCAGGCGAGGGCGUCGAUCUCAAUGACAUACUAUCGCAGAUGUUCGGCAUGAGCAUGGGUGGCAUGCCCGGCGGUGGGCCACGCCGCCCGAGGCGUAGUCCCGACGAGGAACAGCCAUACAAGGUCACCUUGGAGGAGCUCUACAAGGGCAAGACGGUUAAGUUCGCCGCCGCGAAGCAGGUCGUCUGCCCUCAGUGCCAAGGCUCCGGCGCCAAGGAGAAAGUCAAGCCCAACAAGUGCGACCGUUGCCGUGGCAUCGGCCGCCAGGAGGCCUUCCGGCAGAUUGGUCCCGGCCUUGUCCGCAAGGAGGUCAUCCCGUGCGACCACUGCCAGGGAUCCGGCAUGUACUACAAGGAGAAGGACCGCUGCAAGAAGUGCAAGGGAAAGCGGACCGUCCAGGAGACCAAGGCGCUGGAGCUCUACAUCCCCCGCGGCUCCAUGCAGGGCGAGCGGAUUGUGCUGGAGGGCGAGGCCGACCAGCUGCCCGACAUGACCCCCGGCGACCUGAUCUUCCAUCUGGUCGAAGAGCCCCACGAGCGCUUCACCCGCAUCGGCCACGAUCUCUCUGCCGACCUGCACGUCACCCUUGCCGAGGCCCUGUGCGGCUUCUCACGCGUGGUGCUGAAGCACCUCGAUGGCAGGGGCAUCCACAUCGAUCACCCCCGCGGCAAGAUCCUCCGGCCCGGCGACGUCCUGAAGGUCCCGUCGGAGGGCAUGCCCAUGAAGAGAGGGGAGUUGAAGGGAGAUCUUUAUCUGAUCGUCAAGGUCGACUUCCCCGAGGACGGCUGGCUGUCCAAGGACAGCGACUUCGACGCUCUCCAGAAGCUUCUCCCCCCUCCCGCUGCGCCCAUUCAAGCCGACGAGGUGGAUGAGGUGCAGUACGAGGAGAACGCAGACAUCGAGAAGAUGGGUGCUCACCAGGGCGACCCGCGGUACGGCGGGGAGUGGGAGGACGAGGACGAGGAUGAGGGCGGCCCGCAGUGCGCCACGCAGUAAGACGGGACACGCUUCGUUAGUCUAUUCGCAGUGACAUUUUUCAUUUCCCUAAAGGGAAUCUACCAUGACGAACGGGAAGCACGCGGGCAUGUCCAUAGGGUUGA